AUGUAUGUGGAAAUCGGUUCCUAUCCUAACAUAACCGACGAGGACUGCGGUCUCCGAUAUGUGACGAAAAAACAUGAAAUCAAUUAUAUUUCCAAAUGUUUUGUAAAUGACGUCCAAAACCAGACAAUUAACGAUAUAUUUGGUUCAUUUGAGGCAAAGUCGGCGCAAACAGUGGCCACAAAUCGGAUAUACGCCGGUCGGGACGUGGAGUACGCGGAGUCGCCGUCCACUGUACUAAUUAAAUACGAUUCGCCGACAGAUAACCACUACUACACCUGCACCGGGAGUCUCAUCAAUGAACGAUGGGUUGUAACGGCAGCCCAUUGUAACUUCAAUUACACAACAAAAAGCAAUAUAUUUUCCCGAAUUCACGUAUUUGUGGGCAAUAACUAUCACCGCGAAAGUGGACUCACUAUUAGCGUCAAUGAGAGCCGAAUGUUUCGGCACCAGAUGUGGGCGUCGGGUGUCCGGCGCUAUGACAUCGCCCUCUAUAUGCUUAACAGAGCGGUGGAUCUGAAGCGGACCAACUCUAUCCACUUCUUGGCAAACACUAUAUGUCUGCCCAAACAGCGGGACCAUCACUGGGGGCUCAACGAAGAGCUCGAGUCGGCCACCAUUUACGGCUGGGGAGUCAAGUACUGGACGCCCGACCGGUACGUUCCCGCAGAGCACUUACAAAUGGGCGCAGUUGUGCUGCAAAAUGACCCAAAUAUGUGCGAAUGGCUGCUCUGUUCGCGGAUAGAUUACGCGCCCCCAGCCGUCCAACCGAGCCUUUCCCGCACAUGUCCUGGCGAUUCGGGCGGACCAUUGAUUCAGUACACGGACGCACAGGGAUCCCGGGCUGUGCUCAUCGGCAUAACCAAUAUAGACACUGAAGAGGGCAUACCCUGUAGUGAACACAAUUACAAACUCUUUUGGACACCCGUUGCCAUUCAUGUCGAUUGGAUUAUCAAUUCAAUCAAAACAUACCGUGUGUUAGACAGUCUCAACCCGCGGAAAGUCUUAUUCCCGAUUACAGGUCUACUCGACGAUAACUCUUCUGUUUCGGGGGGUGUUCUGUGUCUACAACUACUGGACUCAUUGACUCAACACUCGGAGAUCCACAUAUGGCUACACCUCUGUUCCCAACUUUCCCUUCAUUGUCUCACAACUGAUCCCCAAAAACGACCUGAGUUUCGACGACUACUACCUAUACUUCUUGGAGUGACUAUUAUUGACUACAAUUGGGGUGAAUGUCAGCCUCAGAGGUAUGUCUGGGGCCUAUUUGAGCGGUGA